AGAAAGGCAGGGACCCGGGGCAAGGCCACAGCCACCAAGCAGGCUCAACGGGGCUCUUCCAAUGUCUUUUCUAUGUUUGAACAAGCCCAGAUCCAGGAGUUCAAGGAAGCCUUCAGCUGCAUUGACCAGAACCGAGACGGUGUCAUCUGCAAGUCGGACCUGAGGGAGACUUACUCGCAGCUGGGGAAGGUGAGUGUCCCAGAUGAGGAGCUGGAUGCCAUGCUGCAGGAGGGGAAGGGCCCCAUCAACUUCACCGUCUUCCUCACGCUCUUCGGAGAAAAGCUCAAUGGGACAGACCCGGAGGAAGCCAUCCUGAGUGCCUUCCGAAUGUUUGACCCCAGUGGUCAAGGAGUGGUGAACAAGGAUGAGUUCAAGCAACUUCUCCUGACCCAGGCAGACAAGUUCUCUCCAGCUGAAGGUGAGGAUGUGGAACAGAUGUUUGCCCUGACACCCAUGGACCUGGCAGGCAACAUUGACUACAAGUCCCUGUGCUACAUCAUCACUCAUGGGGAUGAGAAAGAGGAAUAG